AUGUCCAGUGCGUCUGAAGCAGCUGUGUCCAGUGCGUCUGAAGCAGCUGUGUCCAGUGCGACUGAAGCAGCUGUGUCCAGUGCGUCUGAAGCAGCUGUGUCCAGUGCGACUGAAGCAGCUGUGUCCAGUGCGACUGAAGCAGCUGUGUCCAGUGCGACUGAAGCAGCUGUGUCCAGUGCGACUGAAGCAGCUGUGUCCAGUGCGUCUGAAGCAGCUGUGUCCAGUGCGUCUGAAGCAGCUGUGUCCAGUGCGUCUGAAGCAGCUGUGUCCAGUGCGUCUGAAGCAGCUGUGUCCAGUGCGACUGAAGCAGCUGUGUCCAGUGCGACUGAAGCAGCUGUGUCCAGUGCGACUGAAGCAGCUGUGUCCAGUGCCACUGAAGCAGCUGUGUCCAGUGCGACUGAAGCAGCUGUGUCCAGUGCGUCUGAAGCAGCUGUGUCCAGUGCGACUGAAGCAGCUGUGUCCAGUGCGACUGAAGCAGCUGUGUCCAGUGCGACUGAAGCAGCUGUGUCCAGUGCGUCUGAAGCAGCUGUGUCCAGUGCGUCUGAAGCAGUUGUGUCCAGUGCGUCUGAAGCAGCUGUGUCCAGUGCGACUGAAGCAGCUGUGUCCAGUGCGACUGAAGCAGCUGUGUCCAGUGCGACUGAAGCAGCUGUGUCCAGUGCGACUGAAGCAGCGGUGUCCAGUGCGACUGAAGCAGCUGUGUCCAGUGCGACUGAAGCAGCUGUGUCCAGUGCCACUGAAGCAGCUGUGUCCAGUGCGUCUGAAGCAGCUGUGUCCAGUGCGUCUGAAGCAGCUGUGACCAGUGCGACUGAAGCAGCUGUGUCCAGUGCGACUGAAGCAGCUGUGUCCAGUGCGACUGAAGCAGCUGUGUUCAGUGCGACUGAAGCAGCUGUGUCCAGUGCGACUGAAGCAGCUGUGUUCAGUGCGACUGAAGCAGCUGUGUUCAGUGCGACUGAAGCAGCUGUGUCCAGUGCGACUGAAGCAGCUGUGUCCAGUGCGACUGAAGCAGCUGUGUCCAGUGCGACUGAAGCAGCUGUGUCCAGUGCGACUGAAGCAGCUGUGUUCAGUGCGACUGAAGCAGCUGUGUCCAGUGCGACUGAAGCAGCUGUGUCCAGUGCGACUGAAGCAGCUGUGUCCAGUGCGUCUGAAGCAGCUGUGUCCAGUGCGUCUGAAGCAGCUGUGUCCAGUGCGACUGAAGCAGCUGUGUCCAGUGCGACUGAAGCAGCUGAAGCAGAGCCUCUUCGUCAGACCCUCCUCAUCCUCACUCCAAUCCUUCUUUGA